AUGAAGCUCAACAUUUCCUACCCGGCCAACGGGUCGCAGAAGCUGAUCGAGAUCGACGAUGAGCGCAAGCUCCGUGCUUUCAUGGAGAAGCGUAUGGGCGCUGAGGUCCCUGGAGACAGUCUCGGAGAUGAGUUCAAGGGCUAUCUCUUCAAGAUCACUGGUGGAAACGACAAGCAAGGUUUCCCCAUGAAGCAGGGUGUCCUCCUCCCCAACCGUGUUAAGCUUCUCCUCAGCGACGGCCACAGCUGCUACCGCCCCCGCCGCACUGGUGAGCGCAAGCGCAAGAGUGUUCGUGGUGCCAUCACUGGCCAGGAUUUGGCCGUCCUCGCCCUCAGCGUUGUCAAGCAGGGUGAAGGUGACAUCCCCGGUUUGACCGACGUUGUCAACCCCAAGCGACUUGGUCCCAAGCGUGCCACCAAGAUCCGCCGAUUCUUCGGUCUCGACAAGAAGGACGACGUCCGCAAGUUCGUCAUCCGCCGCACUGUCACCAAGGAGGGCAAGAAGGACUACACCAAGGCCCCUAAGAUUCAACGUCUGGUUACUCCUCAGCGCCUUCAACGCAAGCGCCACCGCAUUGCCAUCAAGCGCCGCCGUGCUGAGGCUGCCCGCGAGGCUGCUAACGACUACGCCAAGCUCCUCGCUUCUCGUGUCCACGAGGAGAAGGCCAAGCGAAGCGAACUCCGCAAGCGCCGUGCAUCUUCAUUGAGGAAGUAA